AUGUAUAAAAUGCCGCCAAACGAGCGUUCAGUAAAAAAAUUAAUUGAUUUUAAUUCAAAUGAUGUGAAAUACAGGGAAACAAAUGAUAACUGGAAUUGUUUUAACCACAUUAUUUGGCGCAACGUCUUAUACUACACCGCUAUACACAUAGCGGCCAUAUAUGGCAGUUAUCUAGUAUUCACGUCGGCAAAAAUUUUGACCACACUUUUUGCCAUAUUUUUGUAUCACAUCUCAAUAUUUGGUGUCACCGCUGGUAUACACCGGCUUUGGUCGCACCGAGCGUACAAAGCGUCGCUGCCCUUACGUAUAAUACUUGGCAUAUUUAGCACAAUCGCGUACCAGGGUCCAAUUUAUGAGUGGGCGUGCGAACACCGCGCGCAUCACAAAUACAGCGAGACUGACGCCGAUUGUGUCAACUCAAAAAGGGGGUUCUUUUUCGCUCAUUGCGGUUGGCUUAUGUGUGCCCCACACCCGGCGGUCGCUGACCAUGGUGACAAAAUUGACUCGUCCGAUAUGUUGUUCGACCCGGUGGUGGCCAUACAGCGGCGCCACUACAAGCCGGCGGCUAUCAUAUUGUGUUUUGUUAUGCCGACUGUUGUUCCCAUGUAUUUCUGGUCGGAAACCCUGUGCAACGGGUUCUUUGUGUGCGUUUGGCUCCGGUAUAUACUGGCCCUAAACGCCUGUUGGUUAGUCAACUCGGCCGCACACAUGUGGGGCUAUAAGCCGUACGACGUGAGCAUCGGUCCGACCGAUAAUAGCCCCAUAGCCGCUCUCGUUCUAGGCGAAGGGUAUCAUAACUUUCAUCACACCUUUCCCUGGGAUUAUUCGACCAGUGAAUGGGGUUGGAAGUGUAAUGUGACCACGUUCAUUUUGGACCAAUUGGCAACCAUUGGUUGGGUUUACGACCGCCGGUACGCCACUAGAGAUCUGAUUGAAAAGCGAAGGGCCAGAACCGGACCCAAAGAUCAUGUAUUUAUACAUCAAGAUAUUGGGUAUUAA